UCACAAGUUGUUUACUUGCCUACAAUCACAUUACAAUGGCCUCCCUAUAUUCUCCUCCCACCACCACCACAAACACCUCUGUGGCGGGGCUUCCCUGCCACCUAUUCCCCAAAACAUCCCAACUUUUCCUUUCUAAAGACAUAAAUCGUCGCCUUAAAUCAAAAAUCACAUGCAAAGUCAUCAUGAAAAACGAUGACAGCCAAAACCCAAAAACUACAAAUAAUGAUAUCAAUAUCAAUAAUAAUAAAAUAGAUAGAAGAAACAUACUUAUCGGGCUUGGAGGUAUGUAUGGCACCGCUACCACACUUGGUGAUGGAACAUUCCUCUUAGCAGCCCCAAUGCAAACCCCAGUCCCAAGUGCUUGUGGGCCAGCUGACGUACCUCCUAAUGCUGGAAACCUAAAUUGUUGCCCACCACUUGCUACAAAUAUAGUUGACUAUGUCCUCCCACCCACCCCACCUACCUUACGGGUUCGCCCACCCGCUCAUUUGGUCGACGAUCAAUAUAGGCAAAAAUUUACUAGGGCUAUUUCCCUUAUGAAAGCGUUACCUGCUAGUGAUCCACGAAGUUUUACCCAACAAGCAAAUGUGCAUUGUGCUUAUUGUAAUGGGGCCUACUCUCAAGUUGGGUUUCCAAAUUUGGACCUUCAAGUCCAUAACUCUUGGUUGUUCUUCCCUUUCCAUAGGUGGUAUCUUUACUUUUUUGAAAAAAUACUCGGAAGCUUAAUUAAUGACCCAACUUUUGCGAUUCCAUUUUGGAACUGGGACACAUCAGCAGGCAUGCGCAUGCCUGCUAUGUACACUGAUCCAAACUCUCCUUUAUAUGAUUCAAUUCGAGAUCCAGCACACCGACCUCCAAAGGUGCUGGAUCUCAACUUCGACGGAGAUGCUAACGAUCCGUCAGAUCAACAAAUGAUCUCCAACAAUCUCACCCUUAUGUAUCGUCAAAUGGUGACUAAUGCAAGAACAACAUCCUUAUUCUUAGGCCAACCUUACAGGGCUGGAGCGAGGUUCACCCCAGGUGGAGGUUCAGUCGAGAACACACCACAUGGGCCGGUCCAUGUCUGGACCGGCGACCCUCGUCAACCCAAUUUUGAAGACAUGGGGAAUUUCUACUCCGCAGCGCGGGAUCCACUUUUUUACGCUCACCACGCUAACGUCGAUCGCAUGUGGUUUAUUUGGAAAACAUUAUCAACCAACAACCGAGAUUUCACCGAUGCAGAUUGGCUAAACGCGUCAUUUAUCUUUUACGAUGAAAAUGCCCAAGCUGUUAGAGUAAGAGUUAGAGAUUGCUUAGACACGACCCGACUAGGGUUUACAUACCAAAAUGUGGAUCUACCAUGGCGCAAUGCCCGACCCGCUCCAAGAACAUCUCGGGUCCGGGUAAGAUCCGUUACCCAAACACCUGAAGCUGCAACUGCCAUGGAAUCAACUACCUCAACAGUCGUAAACUUCCCGAAACCAUUAAACAAAACAAUACGAACAAACGUAGGAAGACCAAAGAAGACUCGGAGCAAAAAAGAGAAGGAAGAAGAAGAAGAAGUGUUGGUUAUUGAUGUGGAAGUUAAACGGCAUGAUAAAUAUGUUAAAUUUGAUGUUUAUAUAAAUGAUGAAGAUGAAAUUCCAUCAAAGAAGUUUCAGGUAAAAGCAGAAUAUGCUGGAAGCUUCGUGAAUGUUCCACAUAAACAUAAGCAUGGUGAAGAGCAUGGUCAUAAGACUACAUUUAGAGUUGGUUUGACUGAGUUGAUUGAGGAGUUGGGUGCUGAUGAUGAUGAUAGUGUUACAGUUAGUUUGGUUCCAAGAGCUGGGAAGAAUAAUGUUAUUAUUAAGAGUGUUAAGAUUGAAUUUGCUUCUUAAUUAUGUAUUAAUUAUGGUUUGUUAAUUAAUGUUUUGGGUGGGUUGACUUGAUUAUUUGUAUUUUCUUAUGAAAUAAAAUGUUUGAAUUUGGCGUUGAUUGUUUGAUGCGAAGAAUUUAAUUUCUGUUAUUGUAUGGAUUGUUUGCUCUAUGAUGAAUUUUAUGUUUUGA